ACAGCGCGUUCAGUUUAGUCACGAGGAGAGAGCGGCUGGAGCGCGAGCAGUGCGGUGAUCAGAUACGCUUGAAGACGCUUGGAGAGUAAAGUCUGUUAAAAACGGCAGCGCGCGCUCCGCAGCGGCUCCCGCACAGAUAACUGCAGACAGCUGGACACGGGAAACCGGGGCUGUGUAUUCGGCGCGCGCUUGGUGCUGUUUUCCCCUAUUUUCCUUCUUCUUUCUCUCCGGGAGAGAGGAGGUGGACCGCGCGCGCUCGGGUCCGCUCACACCGCGCCGCCAAGAUGAUGGUGGGGGAGAUGGAGGUGAAGGAGAGGCCGAGGCCGAGCCCCGACUACCUGAUGCAGCUUCUAAAUGAGAAGAAGCUGAUGACCAGCCUGCCGAACCUCUGCGGCAUCUUCACCCACCUGGAGCGGCUGCUGGACGAAGAAAUAAACAGAGUUCGUAAGGACAUGUAUAACGACUCUGUGAGCGGGUUGGUGGAUAAACACCCGAUGGAGCUUCCAGAUGCUCACGGACCCAUCGUCCACCUGCAGGAGAAACUCUUCGUCCCUGUCAAAGAGUACCCCGAUUAUAACUUCGUAGGAAGGAUUUUGGGGCCACGGGGUUUGACGGCAAAGCAGCUGGAGGCAGAGACGGGCUGUAAGAUCAUGGUCAGGGGAAAGAGCUCUAUGAGGGACAAAAAGAAGGAGGAGCAGAACAGAGGGAAGCCGAACUGGGAGCACCUGAACGAGGAUCUUCACGUGUUGAUCACUGUGGAGGACACGCAGGCGCGCGCUGAGAUCAAAAUGAGGAGAGCUGUAGAGGAGGUGAAGAAGCUGCUGGUGCCGGCGGCGGAAGGAGAAGAUAACCUAAAAAAGAUGCAGCUGAUGGAGCUGGCCAUUCUUAAUGGAACCUACAGAGAUACCAACAUCAAAACACCGAACCUUGCCUUCUCUCUUGCAGCGGCGGCCGCUGCGGCUCAGGGCCCGCGGCUCAUCGCCGCCCCCACCGGUCAGGUUCUGCCCCCGGCGGCCCUGAGACCCCCAACCCCCGGCGGGGCCCCCAUCAUGAACAUCAUCCGCCCCACGCAGAUGGCCGCCAUGCUGCCCAACGGCACGCCAGCUCUGGUGCCCCCGGGGCCCGACGCAGGCAUUAUCUACACCACGCCCUAUGACUACCCGUAUGCCCUGGCGCCCACGUCCCUGCUGGAGUACCCCAUCGAGCACGGAGGGGUCCUAGGUAAGCGGGGGCUAGAAGCACUUCCCUUCGGCUGUCAGCAGGACGGCGCCGCAGCGCUGUUUUACGGGGCCGCUUUUAACGGGGCAGUUUCCCCCGGCCCUGCUCAGGACUCACUCAGAGGUGCAAUGGCUACUAAAGUGCGGAGACAUGACUCACGGGUCCAUCCUUACCAAAGGAUAGUGACCGCAGACAGAGCCGCCACCGGCAACUAACAAAUGACCUCUGAACUCUUCACCCAAUGAUGAGCCGCCCCAAGCCUGCCUGCUGAUCAGAUUAACUGGUAAUUGCCUUUUGCUAGCCUGUCGGACGCUGAGAGAGAGAGACGCACCUGUCUGAAAGUGACCCUAACACACAAACCAACACCAAACACGAUGUGAGCGAAUGCCAACCGACAAGUUGUGUGACGAUUGAGAGUAUUAUUUUUUAAGUGUUAAACCUUAUUCACCCUUUCUUACUUUCUGCAUUUGUUUUGUUUAUUUCCCCCCAUUUCUAAACCCCUGAUUGUUGGGUGUUUAUCAGUAGCGUUAACCCAAGAAUCUGCACUGAGUUUAAAGCAAUAAAACCCUGUGUUAUUCUUCCCCUUAAACACUCACUCACACACUCAAAUCUACACUUUAAUUUGACCUGGUUUAUAAGACCACACCCAAUUCAAAUUCCGACCUCAAUUUGAGUUUAAAUUUCCAAAAAAGUGAAAAAAUUCCAAGCGAGAAAGUGAAUAAUCUGCUCACACAAACUUGUUAAUUUUGUCAGUCUCAUGUGUAGCUGUGUUUUGUUUUUCAUCUAUUCUACGCUGACACAUUCUGGGUGCGCCUAGCUAGCUAGCUGCAUGGCUAAAACAACGGACUGCUAAAAAGCUUUCUGUUCUGUUACACUUUUGAUUUUUGGUUUGUGUUACAUUUUCAUGUACUUUUAUUUGCCUGUUUUUGUUCUUUUGUUUUGUUUUUUUUUUUGGUUAAAUUUUGACUAGUUUAGUAGCUGCAGUGCCAGUGCCAGCUUAGAAGGAGGGCAGCUGACAGCGGGGGGCUCGUUAAGAAGAGUGUUCUCAGCAGAUCUAAAUCUUAGGAUGUUUAAGGCUGGGCUCGACCAGUAGCUACUGUGCUCUCAACCUAUGCCACCCCAAACCCCAGCCUCCGAUAUAUAAAUAUAACAGUGCCUGAAUUUAUAGAAUUUUUUUUUCUUUCUGAACGAGCUGUGACACAAAAAAACAACAAAAAAAAGUAUUAUGUGUGCAUAUUUAGCCAAAGGGUUUCCAUUUAUUGAAUUUAUCACUCUAUAUCUAUAUGAGUAUAUAUAUCGAAGUGCAGAGGGCUCUAGCUUGAGGAGUUUGAGGAGGUGUGAUGUCAUGCCUGUAUGUUUGACAUCCAACUGAAUAGCAUGAAGUUUUCACAUAGUGCUCCAGGAUUAAUAUUAUUAAUAAUAAUUAAAGCAAGAAACACUAAGAAUUACAUGUGAGGAGUUGGACAGAAAAGGGGAGGAGGAUUUGUCCUUUACUGGUGUCUGUACAUAACCUGCAUUUCUCAUUUUUGUUAUGUUUUUUCUUUUCCCUUUUAUUUUGACUAAAAUUUGCCAAAACCACCGUUUCCCAAUAAUUGACAUCGUUUAAGGGGAUUAAUUUGCCUCAAAUUCAUUACCAAGUUUAACUGCUUCCCUAACACUCCCUUCAAAUCUAGUACCGAUCUGCUCAUCCACAAUGUGUCCCGCACACUUUUCUUUAAACUACAUAAUACAGGUUUCUUUAACUGUUCCUCAAGAAAAAAAAAACAAUAGGAUGUGAAAGCCAUGUCUGCCUGUUCAAAUUGCUUUAUACAUACAUGUUAUAUAUCUAUAUAAAAAAAAUGUAUACAAAUGUAGAUACAUCAUUGCAUAUUAAGAUACUGAAACGAUCAAAAUUAGAUACUUUUACAGGGUGCUGGAGAUGAAAUAUAUUUUUGCCAAUUUUAGCUUUUUAUACUUAACUUGCAGUUACAAAAAUAAGAAAAACGUAGAAAAAAAAAGUUGUAGAAGACUCUGUGAUGUUCGGAUGCUAUUGGUCAAGACCAAACUCGUCAAAACUUGGAAUGUUUCCAGUCGUAAGCGAUUCGAGGAGGCGAAUUAGAGAGGAGAAAAUAAAAAAAGUGCCUUAUUGGUGGUCGUUUCUUUUCUUUCUGGGUUUAUUUUUUUCUCAGAGUUACUUUCUGUUAAACUAGAUAAGUAAUAUCCUGCAGUAGCUAUGGCGACGGGGUGGUGAAGCGAGGCUAAAAGUCGCGCUGCUGUGCCACUAAAACUACUCUAUGCAAAAAAAAAAAAGAAAAGAAAAAAGAAUAGCAGUCAUUUGACCAGCUAACUAUGUGCCAUGAUUUUCGUCUUCCCGGGAUUAGGUUGAGUCCCCCUUCCCUUUUCCCUUCUGUUUUUGCCAUUUGAACAAAUUCUUUAUUUCUCUCAAUUGUUAACGAUGUUAUAUCAGUAGUGUUUCUUUGUUACUGUGAUUCUGUUUAAAGCAAACUGCCAUUUAUAAAAUAAUGUAAUGUAGGGAAUUCUGUAUCCGGGAUGAAAUGUUUAAGCCCUUAAACUUUUUUUUUUUCUGUUCCUUCUUUACUUUGUUUUACAAAAAGGGCCUAAAUUUAAGGCUGUGUUACUGUGAGUCAAUCGUUUUAAAUCUCAGUGCCAAACCCUUGAAAGCGAUCAAGUAGAGCCUAAAUCAAGUCCGGCUUCUUCCAAAAAAAAAAAAACCUGGGGGGUCGAGUGAAUCACAGAAAAAAACGUACGAACAAACCGAUGGAAAAUUUGAGCGUUAUUGUCCACGCCGGCAGUCUGUUUCAUUCUCCUGGUCAUUCUGUUACGCAGGAAAGGUCACUGUUUUUGUUUUCAGUAUUUUUGAAACUCUUAAAUAACUAAUGAAAUGCAAUAUCAGCCGGGAGGUUGAAGAAGACAGCUCAGAAAUGAAGCAGUAUUAAAGAGAACGCCCUCUUACCAAUGUUACUACACACUGUUGGUCAUUGUUUUAAGGUAUUUAGUCCAUCAGGUGUACAGAGAAGAUCUCUUGUAUUCUCUCCUGCCUGCCUACUACAUGUAUAAUAAUGUAAUUUACAAUCAUUGUUACAGGUUUCUAAUGUAUUUUUCUAACUUCAUUUUAUAUGUAUAUUAUAAAUCACUUUUUCUGACCUGUUUCUUUUGAUUGUUUUUCAAUGAAGCCCACUACAUUUUUUUUUUUAUCCACGUCCUCCCCCCUCUUUAUGCCCUCUGACAUCUCUCUCAGAAACUCUGUCUCUCUUGUUUGGGAGUGUUGCCUUUCCUACAAGUUUAAUUUGUUUAUUUGUUUUCUUGCUGAUCCUUAGCUUGUUUAACUCAUUUAGCAACUUUAUUAGUUUUUCUUGUCGUAAGGAAUUUUUACAUGCUUGCAUUUAGUUUCAUGGUGUAUGCUGUUAUUUUUCUUAUUAACCCCUCCCCCCUUGGCAUUUAUUUUAAUAAACAUUCUUAGUAAGAAUUUUA